AUUGACCUGAAAGGCUGAAACUCAUUAAAGCGGCGUGUUUAGAGAGAGCAAACCUCCUACGCCUAAAAAAAAAAAAAAAUUCCAACCCCCACAAAAAACAAUUUUUUGAUAGAAAAUAAUAAUAAUAAAUAUUGAGUGAGGUGAGACGAGAAAGGGGGAAGAGCGACAAGCAUUAACUUUGUAUUGUUUUUUUUUUUUUUUCCCCUCAGUUCAGUUUUAAACUGUGAAUCAAUUCAGAAUAGAAAAAAAAAAAGAGAGAAUGAAAGAAAGCAUUCUCAUUCUCUGUUUUUUAUCUUUUGAUAAUAGUUAACGGCUUUGAUUUUUUAUUUUUUUAAAAAUUAUUUUUGGGUGGUGGUGGUGGGGGCGGAAAGGAUCAGAUGGCGAAGAUCGGGGUGUUGAGUUCUGAUCCAACGGUGAGAGCGAAAGCGGCGGAAUUGAAGAAAGAAUUGCAGAUGUUGGUUAGGACAAUCGUCGACGAUGAUGAUUACAUCAUCCACACCAUCGAUCAAGCUAAAGAUGUUCUUUGUGCUUUGAGAGAGCUUAAGUUCAGCAAACGAUCGACGGCGGCUACCACAACGUCGUCGUUGAAGUUACAUAAAGUCGUGUCCUGUCCUGAAGAGUUUAGAUGUCCUCUUUCUAAAGAGCUUAUGAGAGAUCCUGUUAUUUUAGCUUCUGGCCAGACAUACGAUAGACCCUUUAUCCAGAAAUGGCUGAAUGCAGGCAAUAGGACUUGCCCUAGAACCCAACAAGUUCUUUCAUACACGGUUCUCACUCCUAAUCACCUUAUCAGGGAAAUGAUAUCGCAGUGGUGUAAGAGUCAGGGAAUAGAAUUGCCAAACGCUGUUCAGUAUGGUAAAGAGGAGGGGGUCAACGAAGCUGAACGUAACCAUUUCUUUUCUUUGAUGGAAAAGUUGUCUGCCACGCUUCCUGAGCAGAAGGAAGCAGCUAAGGAGCUUCGCUUGUUGACAAAAAAGAUGCCUUCAUUCCGGGGUCUUUUUGGUGAAUCUGUUGAUGCGAUUCCUCAACUGCUCACCCCGCUUUCUGGAAGCAAAUCUCAGAGUGGUGUUCACCCUGAUCUCCAGGAAGAUGUGAUCACGACACUCUUGAACCUUUCAAUCCAUGACAGCAAUAAGAAGCUCGUUGCUGAAACUCCAAUGGUUAUUCCUCUUCUUAUGGAAGCACUGAGAUCUGGGACUAUUGAAACAAGGAGCAAUGCGGCUGCAGCCCUUUUCACUUUAUCUGCACAUGAUUCUAACAAGGCACUUAUUGGUAAAUCAGGUGCCUUAAAACCUCUCAUUGACCUUCUAGAUGAGGGUCAUCCAUUAGCAAUGAAAGAUGUUGCUUCUGCUAUAUUUAACCUAUGCAUUAUUCAUGAGAAUAAGGCAAGAGCUGUGAGAGAUGGUGCAGUAAGGGUCAUUUUAAAAAAGAUAAUGGAUGGUGUGCUUGUUGAUGAGUUAUUGGCUAUCCUUGCGAUGCUUUCAACCCAUCAAAGGGCUGUUGAGGAAAUGGGGGAGCUUGGAGCUGUUCCUUGCUUGCUUUGCAUUGUCAGGGAGAGCACUUGUGAACGCAAGAAGGAAAAUUGCAUCGCGAUCCUCCACACUGUCUGUCUUAAUGAUCGAACCAAGUGGAAGGCACUAAAGGAAGAAGAAAGUACCCAUGGAACAAUGUCUAAGCUUGCUAAAGUUGGAACUCCUAGAGCGAAGAGAAAGGCUAAUGGCAUUCUUGAGAGACUGAGAAGGGCUGUUAAUAUUACUCAUACCGCAUGAAAAUCUUAGUAAAAGCGUCAUUUGUAAAUUCUGUUUCCAACUCCUGGUGAUCAGUGUAGCAUAUCAUCAUUCCGAUGUAAAUUCUUGACCUUCAUCAGUGUUUUAAUCUCAGUUUUAUGAGUUAGCCUCUGUUAAUAAACACGU